AUUUACACAGUCGAUACUAAAUGAUGGCUGGAUAUAGUGAUUCACGUUCGUUUGCUCAGAGGUUCAUUCUCGUAAUGUUCCUCACCGUUCUUCACGUGACUGCGAAAAAGUGUGAUCUGAACAAAUGUCAAGGUCCGCUGAGAUAUUACAAGGAUCUCGGUUGCAAACCGAUAUAUAAGAAUUCCAGCGACUGUUGUCCUGAAAGUUACAAUUGCGAUCAUUUAAAAAAAUUGGCAAAGGAUAAAUGUUACAUGAAUGGGCACGAAUAUAACGAUGAUGAGGCAUUGAGGAGCGAAGACCGUAACCGUUGCGAUGUAGGAUGUCACUGUAGUGCGAAGCCGCCUAAUGAUCCCGUGUUCAACUGUGCGAUUGUUGAUUGUUACCGUGGUGAUCCGGAAGGCAAAUGUUAUUUAAGAGGCUCACCAGAUUUGUGCUGUGGAAAAAUUAUUUGUCUCGGCGAAGGGGAAGUAAGACCAACUUGCAAAGUGGAUGGAAAAAUUUACCAAGACGGAGAAAUUGUUCAUCCAAAAGCUGAUCCGGAAGUGGAAUGUUUCUGUCAGCCAGGGUUCACAGGUAAAAUCGAGGAACCAUAUUGCAAGAAGCCGAAUCGUAGUCAGUGCUCUCCAUUCCUUCGGGAUAUGUCAAAUGUAAAUAAUAAAUGCGCACCUGUGUAUACCAAUAAACAAAAUCUAGUAACGGAAUGUCCCGGCUGGUUUCCAACUUACAGAUGCGAAGAGGAAGGCGACGUUAUUAUUCGCAAUAACAGCUCCAGUUCUGAUGGAGGCAAAAUGUGUAAACUUGGAAACUUAAAGAUGCAUAAAGGCGAUAUACUAAAACCAGGAAACAGCGAUGAUUCUUCAAACGUUAAAUGCGUAUGUCAAGUGCCACCUAUACCUACCUGCAGGUUGAUAAAAGACCCCAAUUAAAUUAAUUAGAUUCAUAUGCUAAUUAAUACGAAUCAACAAUGGCCACGAUACAGCACUAUUGGGAACUGAGAACUUGGAGGAUUUGGAACUUUGGAGAUUUAGGAAUUUGGGAAUUUGGUAAUUUGAUCACUUGGCAAAUUGAUUAUUUU